AUGCUGGAGCUAGCCCUUAAAGCCCAAUUAUCUGCCUUCACAUCUCAUUUCAGUUCUGCCAUUUACUACCAAGAGAACAAAGAACCUCUCAUUAAGGAAAACCAUGCCAAAUCCAAGUACAAGGAAGGUACUUCCAGUUUUGACAACACAGAAAGAACAACAAAGGUAUCCAGAGUGUCAACCAUCAGGAGGAUAUUUGAUUUGGCAAAGCACCGGUCCAAAAGAUCUAUAUCUUUUCCAACAGGGAUUAAAAUCUGUCCACAAGAGUCAAUGAAACAAAUUUUGGCCAGUCUCCAGGCUUAUUACAGACUAAGAGUCUGUCAGGAAGCUGUGUGGGAAGCCUAUCGAAUCUUCCUGGACCGUAUCCCUGACACGAGCGAGUACCAGAAUUGGGUCAGUGCCUGCCAGAGGGAGACUUACUGCAUUUUUGACAUUGGAGAAACCUUUAUCAAUUCUCAGGAGCUCCAGGAACUUCUCCAGCAGCGAUUAAAGCAUCGUUUCCCUGAGAGAAAAGAGGAAAUUCUUGCAGAGAAGGCAAUAGAAAGUAAAAAGUCUGAUGAAAUCCCUGUGCUUCCUACAGUCUCAGCAGGUGCUGCUAGCUUCUCUCCACUUCCCUUCACAUCCAUUCCUAAUGGCUCACUUCUCAACAAACUUUUCAAUGACACAAAGACUCCUGUGAAGGCUGUAGAAACUGAAAUAACUAAUAUCAUAUCAGAGGGACCAUUGGAAGAGAUGUUAGAAUUUAGUGUCAACCUAGCAAAUCAGAAAUUUAAGGCAGAACUGAAUGAUCCAAAGUCCCCACAUUACCAGGAACUAGCAGGAAAAUUUCAACAUCAGAUGCAAAAAAUAUUUAAGACACUUCCAGGAUUCAAAGAAAUCCAUGUUUUAGGAUUUAGACCGAAGAAGGAAAGAGAUGGCUCAAGCAGCACAGUUGCUCGACAGCUGGUGAUCUUUAAGAGAGACAGAUCAGAAAGAGGAAGGCCCAGCGGCAACCUGUCAACCAUUCACCCUAAUGAAAUUGAAAACGAAAGCAAGCCUGAGAGCUUGAAGGAGGAAGAACUUCAAGAAAGCAGUCUCACCUCAGCAGGGCUGCAGCAACUAAUUACCACAGCACUAGAGGAAGACAAGUCUUUGGAACUGGGAACUAUUCAGUUUACUGAUGAAAUUGAAAAACCUCCAGAGAGCUUGGAACAUGACAUCCAAUCAGUAAUGACUACUACCCUCACUGAACAUUCAUUGGAUGCUACCUUGAAUCUUGGGUUUACACCCAAGUCUGAGAUAGAAGAAAGAUCAGAGCAAUAUUUAUCAAGGGAAUUCUCUAUUUCCAAGACAGUUGAUGAAACUCUUGUGAGUCCUAUGAAGUUAACUCCACCAACCCUUCUGACCUAUGAGCCAUCAGUGUUUCCAGAAGCGCCUGAAUCUGGAAAGGAAACUGUAGGAGAGGAUGUUUUGACUGAAAUAGAAGAGGAGCAAACAACUGGCACCACAGAACUGCCUCUUCUAGCUUUCAGUACUGAGGGUCUAUCUGGACAAGGGGAACUUCCAAGUAUAAUGGAAUCAUCAGGUGAUGCUUCUGUAGAAACCACAGGCAGUCUUUGGUUUACUCUCAGCCCAGCAUCUCCCACCCAAAUGGAAUCUUUGCCAUUUUUCACUGGAUGGAAUGAAUUCUCUCAACCUGAACAAGCAGGCACAUUUGCCAUUGAUCAAACAACUCUGCUUCCAGUGGUAGCCAGUCCCUUCUAUGGUCAAUCUAUUUCCAAAACCACAAUUUCCUCAGGUACUGCAGGAAGCAGCACACCCAUUUCAGGUACCCAGGACAGCACCCAAGAGCUUGACAGAAUGGAUGAGGCAAUGGUGGACGUUGGCUAUGCUUUUACCCCAGAAGCCAGCUCGGUAGACACCACCUUAACCACCACCUUAAAAUACAUUACUACUAGCUCUAUGACCACAGCCACAAAAGGGAAAGAAUUAGUAGUGUUCUUCAGCCUGAGAGUCACAAAUGUGCCCUUUUCUAAUGACCUCUUCAAUAGGAGUUCUCAGGAAUACCAAGACCUGGAGCAACAAUUCAUGCAGCUGCUGCUUCCCUAUCUGCGCUCCAAUCUUACAGGAUUUAAGCACUUGGAGAUCCUGAACUUCAGAAAUGGGAGCGUGAUCGUGAAUAGUAAGAUGAAGUUUGCAAAGUCAGUCCCUUACAACAUCACGGAAGCAGUGCAUUGUGUACUGGAGGAGUUUUGUUCCACUGCAGCCCAACAGCUCAAUCUGCACGUAGACAGUUAUUCUCUCAACAUUGAGCCAGCUGAUCAAGCGGACCCAUGCAAAUUCAUGGCAUGUGAUGAAUUUUCACAGUGCAUAAAGAAUGAAUGGACAAAAGAGGCCGACUGCCUUUGUAAGCCAGGGUAUGUCAGCCAAGAUGGACUGCCCUGUCAAAGCCUGUGCGACAUGGAUCCAGGCCUUUGUGUGAAUGGAGGAAAAUGUGAACUGGUUCCAGGAAAGGGAGCUGUUUGCAGGUCAUCAGAUCAUUCUUUGAUACCAGAAUUGACAAGUUAGGAUCAGGAAUGCUGAAUUUCAAGCAACAGCAAGAGAAC